GUGGGAAAUGUGGACUGCGGCAACUCAAAUUGGCAUGAAUGUGCAAUAGUUGGAGCAAAUGCGUCUGCAGAAAGCUUGAAGGCUGCAGGUGGUGAUGUACACUUUUAUCUUAUGAAGCGACUAUAUUUGAAAGGAUUUUUUCGUCGGCUUCUUUGUUUUACGCAGGGUUAUACGAACUUGACCGUAUGUUAUAAAUUAAAUUCACGCGUUUGCAACGUAUUGUGUUUUAACCUUUUGUCGGUAGAGAAGUGGUUCCAUUAAAGUGGGUACGAGGCAUUGAGUGCCGGAGCCUAAACUGGUCAUUUGGGUUUGUGAUGUGACUGGACUUUGGGGUGCGCCGCAGUGGCGCUUUUACGCACGACCAUGGAUGACUUUCCACGGGAGCAGGGCAUGUGUCUCAUCAAUAUUUCGUGGAGCAACUCAAGCCGUAAAAACCUCACCGAAUCGAGAAACAAAACAUGGAAUCCCUUAAAACGAAACGAAGAAGUGGCCAAAGUGGAAGUGACCGUUCUGUUCUUGGUGCUCCUCUUGGCUGUGGUGGGAAACCUGUGCGUGCUUCUGGGCAUCCACACCAGCAAACACCGCGCGUCUCGGAUGUAUUACUUCAUGAAGCAUCUGAGCAUCGCCGACCUGGUGGUCGCGUUCUUUCAGGUCCUGCCUCAACUUAUCUGGGACAUCACCUUCCGCUUCUAUGGUCCGGACGUCCUGUGCAGGUUGGUCAAAUACCUGCAGGUGGUCGGCAUGUUCGCGUCCACCUACAUGCUGGUGGUCAUGUCCGUAGACAGGUGUUUAGCCAUAUGCCAGCCGCUGCGCUCUUUGCGCACCGGGAGACACCGCUUCCACAUCGUGACCUCGUGGACCCUCAGCCUGGCGUUCAGCACCCCUCAGAUGUACAUCUUCUCGCUGCGGGAGGUGGGAGAAGGGGUGCACGACUGUUGGGGGGACUUCAUUCAGCCGUGGGGUGCCAAGGCGUACAUCACGUGGAUGACCCUCGCAAUUUACAUCAUUCCGGUCGCCAUACUGAGCAUCUGCUAUGGCUUGAUCACCUUUAAAAUAUGGCAGAACUUCAGGUUGAAAACAAUCCGAGGAGGUCAGUGCGCGCCGCUCAAUCCACAGGCACGCAAGGACACAGUGCUCCUCUCUCGGGUGAGCAGUGUCAGGCUCAUUUCCGAGGCUAAGAUUCGCACCGUGAAAAUGACGUUUGUCAUAGUGGUGGCCUACAUCGUGUGCUGGACGCCCUUCUUCUUUGUGCAGAUGUGGUCCGCAUGGGACCCCGCUGCGCCACGAGAAGACACGGCUUUCAUCAUCGCCAUGCUAUUGGCCAGCCUCAACAGUUGCUGCAACCCCUGGAUUUACAUGUUCUUUGCGGGCCACCUGUUCCGUGAUCUGCUGCGGUGUAUAGGCUGUUGCUCGGGGAGAUACCUGAGUGCGACCUCUGGUGGCUGCGGGCGGCAGUUCACCCCCCGGACCAGCACCAACUUCGUCAUGAAGAACGCCAGCAGCCAGAGAAGCCUCACGCACACGUCCAGCACGGGAGUCCCAGCACAGAUCAGCUGAUUACAGUCACUGCUAUGUUGAUGUCUGCAGAGUCCCAGACAUUAGGCAGACAGGGCAGCUUGUAGGCUGCUAAGACCUAGAUCUAAUCUUGACUAUUGUAAGCACGGCAACUGGUUUUGUUGUUCUGUCUUUGGUCUUAGGGAGGGGGUAUUAAUUGCAUCUGUGUAUUCAAAAAGUGAGGACCAUCUCCCGGAGAUUACAUUGCGUUCUGAAAAUAUAUUUUUCUGCACUGCAUGAUCGAAAACAACUCGGUAGGUUUACUUAAAAAAAAAAAAUACUUGGUAUUAUUUUAUCAUUCAUCAAAUGGUGUGACAAAACAUUCUUAUGUUUUAGUUUUGAGAAGUGUACUUUGAGUGAUGAGUGUAUAAAUGAUAACAGUUCCUAGCCCUGUGUGCCUGAUGCAUGUGUGUAUUUGUAAUGAAUACAUAUAUUAAUAAGUAAGUAAGAAGUCAUAAGUAAAUCAACUUAUAUGUAAGUUGGUUGAUAGAUCAACUGAUAACCAUUCAAAAGGGCUUGUUUCAUGUGGAUGGUAUACUAUCAUUACAGCCCUGACUUAUCUUUAAUGAUACUAUUGAUUAUUUCAAUAUGCAAUCCACUUUUUCAAUUGUUUUACCCGCACCUUAAACCUUUCCCAGAGAC